AUGGAACUUAAUAUCGAUAAACCAUUUAGUCGUAAGAACAAAAAAAAAUCUAACGAUGAGGAAGGUGAACCACCUAAUCCAAUUUCUGGUUCAAAAACCGAAGUAAAAUUUGUUUAUAGUGAUGAAAAAAUUGAUGAUGAGUUUGAGCAAACUAAGUUUAUAUACGAUGAUGAUAAGAAAACUAAGUUUAUCUACGAAGAUGAGAAAACCGAAGAUGAUGAAUUUAUAAACGAUUAUAAGAAAACAAAGUUUAUUAAUGAUGACGAGGAAACCGUGUUUAUUUACAAGAAACCUGAAGAAGAUAAGUUUAUUUAUAGCGAUGAGAAAACCAUGUUUAAAUAUGAUGACGAGAAAACCGAAGAAGAUGAUUAUAACUAUGGUUAUGAGAGUACUGAGUUUAGUUACGGUGAUGAGCAAUCCAAAGAUAGGCUUAGUGAACAAGAUAAAAAAUCCGAAGAUAAGUUUGUUUACAGUAGUAAAGAUUCAACUGGUGUUAAAUUUGAUUACGAUGACGAAAAACCAGUCGAUGAAGAUAAAUUUGUUUACAAUGAAGAAAAAGCCGAAGGAAGUUAUUUGGUUUACAAUAAUGCUACUUCCGCGUCAACUGUUUACCCUAACCAACCUCGUCAAUCUCGUGACGAAUCAUAUAACAGCACCGAGAAAUCAAAUGUUCAAUAUAAGAGCAAGAACAAGAGCACUUUUUCAGAACAAGGAAACAUUAUUAAUGAUUCAAAUGAAAAUCUUGGAGAGAAAUUUAAGAAUGAAAAUAAAUCUUUAAAUAAAGGACGACUUACUGAAUCAACAACUGAAUCGAUCCAGAUUAAACCGAAUCUAAGUAAUGAAGCUCGUACGGGAUAUUCAGAUGUCAGCUCAAACAACGAGCCACCACUAUCUAAAUCGCAAAGGAAGAAACUUAAUAAACAAAAAAGACAAGCUGAUGAUAUGCAAGCCAAGGGUGAAUUUGUUGAAAAACGAGAACAAAUUGAUGAUAAGCAAGCUCAAGGUAAAGAAGUUGAAAAACGAGAACAAAUUGAUGAUAAGCAAGUUAAGGGCAAAGAUGUUGAAAAACGAGAUCAAACUAAUAAGCAAGCUAAGGUUAAAGAUGUUGAAAAACGAGAUCAAACUAAUGAUAAGCAAGCUAAGGGUAAUGUU